CUCUCUCUCUCUCUACUGGACUGAUGCAUAGUAAAAGGUUAUAAAAGCUCGACUAGAGUACAGCACGUGAAACUUGAGUCCUGUGUUGCUGGAAUAGCAGAGGUGCACGGAUACACAUACAGCACGAGGAUCUUGGAGUCUUCCGAAAUCCUUGGAACACGAGUUAUUCUGCAAAACGGUGGCUUGAUAGAUGACAAAAUGAAGGUCGCUGCACUCUUUAUCCUCGGUUGCCUGGUUUGGGGAGGAAUGGCGAAGCCUGAAUUUCCAGAAUCAGAGAAGGACCCUGAUUUCUGGAAGGAAUGGGCUCAACGUACACUAAAAAAUGCUUUGACCCUCCAAGACCUCAACAAGAAUAUUGCCAAGAACAUAAUCCUUUUUCUUGGUGAUGGCAUGGGUGUACCCACGGUCACAGCAGCACGCAUUUUAAAAGGUCAAAUGAGUGGACACAGCGGUGAGGAAACACAACUAGAGAUGGACAAAUUUCCCUUCGUUGCCCUCUCUAAGACAUAUAACACCAAUGCUCAGGUACCAGACAGUGCAGGUACUGCCACAGCAUAUCUGUGCGGUGUCAAAGCCAACGAGGGCACAGUUGGAGUGAGCGCAGCAGCUGUAAGAUCCCAGUGCAACACCACUCGGGGGAACGAGGUCAGCUCCAUUCUAAAAUGGGCCAAAGAUGCAGGCAAAUCAGUGGGGAUCGUCACAACAACACGAGUGAACCAUGCCACUCCGAGUGCAGCAUAUGCCCACUGUGUAGACCGGGACUGGUAUUCAGACGGGGACAUGCCCACUGAAGCACUGCAGAGCGGAUGCAAAGACAUUGCCAGACAACUCUUUGAAAAUAUCCCCAACAUUGAUGUGAUUAUGGGGGGUGGGCGGAGAAGUAUGUACCCCAGAAACACACCAGAUGUGGAAUACCCUGGAGACAAGAAACACAACGGUACACGCAAAGAUGGCAGGAACCUUGUGGGGGUGUGGACUGACAGCAUGAAGGAUAAGAAAGGUUACUAUGUUUGGAACAGGAAGGAUCUUCUUGCCCUGAAUCCAAAUAAUGUGGAUUAUCUUUUGGGUCUGUUUGAGCCGGGAGACCUGCCCUAUGAGCUGGAGAGAAACAAAGAAACGGACCCUUCCCUGACUGAGAUGGUAGAUGUGGCCAUUAAGAUCCUCAAAAAAAAUGAACGUGGGUUCUACUUGCUGGUGGAAGGUGGGCGCAUUGAUCAUGGACACCAUGAGGGAAAAGCCAAGCAGGCCUUGCACGAGGCCGUGGAAAUGGACCGGGCCAUUACCCGAGCCGGUCUCCUCACCAGCAUUUAUGACACACUAACUGUUGUCACGGCUGAUCACUCUCAUGUCUUCAGCUUUGGAGGCUACACACAACGGGGAAACUCAAUCUUUGGUUUGGCCCCCAUGGUGAGUGAUAUUGACCAGAAGCCCUUCACAUCCAUUCUCUAUGGAAAUGGCCCAGGGUUCAAGUUGGUUAACGGCACUAGAGAAAAUGUCUCAACUGUGGACUACGCGCAAAACAACUAUCUGGCACAGUCUGCCGUUCCCUUGAGCAUGGAGACUCAUGGCGGUGAAGACGUGGCAAUCUUCUCCAAAGGGCCUAUGGCUCACCUUCUUCAUGGAGUCCAGGAGCAGCAUUACAUUCCCCACGUCAUGGCCUAUGCAGCUUGCAUCGGCCAAAACAAAGACCACUGCCGUGCAAACUCUGGUUCCCCUUCUCUCAGUCACAUCUCCCCAACACUUGCCUUUCUUCUCUCAGUUAAAUGGCUUCUGUGCUGACCCCUCUUCUUUGGAUCAUCUCUUAUCUUACUGUGAUUAGGUCAGGAACUAUCCUAAAGUGGAAUUUAUGAUUCUUUUUAUUUUAUUUUUAUAACAUGAUUAGUUUUUAAAGCAUUUAUCAACAUUGGGACCAAUGUGUGGGCAUUAUGGAGAGCUUGUUGCAUUAUUGAGACGUUGUUGCAAUAAUGUAAACAAAAUGUAAAAAGUGUGGUUAAUUAUUUUUGUUGCUGGUGUACUGAAUAGCAGAGACCAAAAAGAUAACGCUUUCUGUGUCACAAAGUAAACUUACAGAUUGACAGUCUGUCUGGAACAGAGAAUGCAAGUGGAACGAAUGCAAAUUAGAGGAUCAGAACUAAUUGUUGUAAAACAAGCUAACACUACACUAUUUUUGCUCCGAGAUUUUGUGAGUUCUGCUAAAUCACAUGAGCUGUUUCACUUAUCUCUUGUGAAGAUUUUAUCUGCCAUGUAUCCGUAAGAAGAUAUCUAUACUACUGUUCAAAAUUUUGGGUUCAGUAAGAUUUUUUAAGUCAUAAGAACUUUCAUUUAGCAAUGAUACAUUGCAUUUUUUAAAAGUGACAGCAAAGACAUUUAUAAUAUUACAAAAGGAUUCUACUUCUACUUGAGAUAAAUGCUGUUUUGUUUUUAUUUUAAUUUUUUUUUACUUAGCAGCACAACUGUUUUCGACAUUGAAAAAAAAAAAAAAUCCCUUGAGCCCCAGAUCAGCAUAAUAGAAUGAUUUCUGAAGAAUCAUGUGAAGAAACUGAAGACUGGAGUAAUGACACUGAAAAUUUUACUUUGCAUCACCAGAAAAAAAAAAAAACAUUUUACAUAUUAAAAAAGAAAAAGUAAUUUUAAAUUGGAUUAAUAUUAUGAUGUUUUUUUCAUCAAUGAAAUGCAGCUCUGGUGAGUAAUAAAGAAUUUUAAAAUCAUUAUAAAAAUGGUUACUGACCCCAAACUUUUUAAUGAUAGAUAUUAGAAGCAGAUGUUUUCAUGAGAAUUAAAAAAAUAAAAAGGAUGUGAUGUUGCUCUUGUUGGUAUGUUUAUAAGAUGUACAGAAUAAUUACAACAGCUUUUCAGAUUUUGUGUGCUUUAGGCAAUGAGUCUGACUUGUUUAGUGUGAGCACGGCCUUUUUUGUUACCUGGUUUUCCCCCAAAAUGACAGCAAAGCAAUAAUUAAAUGAUUAGAAAAAAAAAAAAAACAAGAAACCACAAUCUGUGCUUAUUAGAGAAUGAUGAUACAAAAAUAACUCUACUUGUAAGGAUAUAUGGAUUCAUUUGAAAUCGAAUACAACUUACCUCACUGGCAUGUGAUGCCUUACGUGCAUUACAUUCCCCUGUGAAGACCACUUCAAAAUUUCCAUUAAAGCAAGUCACAGAUUUAGAGCAACUAUUACUAUUUUAAUUGUUACUUUCCAGAAUGACUAUUUUCUUUUACUAUUCAAGCCAUGUUUUCAUAUCUUGUGUGAAAAGCAAAAAUGUGCAUUAAUAUUUGAAAUGGAAAUGCUGGAUUCAGCUUAUAUGGAUUUAUCUGAAACAGAACGGUAUGUGUACCUGUUUGAUCAUCAGAAUAAAUGUGGAGUUUUUGAAAUACUGUUUAUCUACCAUGUUUUCACAUCAUAUUAUGGAAUGCAGAAUCUGAAUGAUAGUUGUUCAAUCGUUGUUUGUUUAUAGCAGUCUUUGAGUCUCUCUAUGAAUGUAGGUAAUUCAUGAAUAAUGGCAAAAUAUGGAUUUAAAGUAAAUGUUUAUUUUAUUAGUUUAUUUUCCUUGGCUGUUCACUUGGACCCAAACACAAACAUGCCAUUAAAGCAGACAUUGCAAAAAAUGUUAAAAUAUACAAAGGUCUGAAGAUGGAGAAAAAAUGAUACAAUAAAGAAAAAUGUGUGGGGAGAAA